AGCCACAGCCCUCUCUCUCUUUUCCCCUCCGCCCGAUUCUGUCUUUUCCUCCGGAAGGUGGGCAGUCGAGAAGGUGCAUUUCCAGAAACAAGUUACUCUGCAGCUGCCCCCUUAUAUCAGCUCAAGAUGUACAGCUUCAUGGGAGGGGGCCUGUUCUGUGCCAUUGUGGGUAACAUCCUGCUAGUGGUCUCCACAGCCACAGAUUACUGGAUGCAGUACCGUCUCUCUGGAAACUAUGCCCACCAGGGUCUCUGGAGGUACUGCAUGUCCAACAAGUGCUACAUGCAGACCGACAGCAUCGCUUAUUGGAAUGCCACCAGGGCCUUCAUGAUCCUCUCAGGGAUGUCGUGCUUCGCCGGCAUCAUCGCUGGCAUCAUGUCCUUUUCACACUUUUCCUCCUUUGAAAGGUUCAACCGCUCCUUUGCAGCAGGAAUCAUGUUCUUUGUCUCCACUUUCUUUGUUCUGCUGGGUAUGGCCAUCUACACUGGAGUGACUGUCAACUUCUUGGGAAGGCGUUUUGGUGACUGGCGCUUCUCCUGGUCCUACAUACUGGGCUGGGUUGCUAUGCUCAUGACCUUCUUCGCAGGUAUUUUCUACAUAUGCGCCUACAGAAUGUGUGAAUGCAGGAGAGGAACUGGUCCACGCUAGAAGGAGACAAACAGCUAGAUCAAGAAAAACGGAAAACUUUUCUACUUUGGAUAGAAGACAAGCAGAACACACGAAGGCAGCUUUGGCUGAUCUACUGAAGAGAUGACGCCUGGUGCCGACACUGAAGGUCUCUGACACUCUGCUAAAGUGUUUUUAGUCAAUGCAACUGGGAUUUUUAUUUGACGAAUAGUCCUAAUAAAAGCACAGAGGAAAAUCGAAUUAAUAAAGCUAAUCUGUGUCUAAUGA